CUACACACAUUUCAAGAAACGAAACCCCCAAAAGGAAUCCUUCCUUUUUUUCUACUGGGAUUCAAUUUCAAUUUCAAAAAUUCGGCGAAGGAUUAUUCAAAUCAAGCUGCGGGAUUUUGGUGGUUCUAGGGUUCCGUAGUGUUCUACCAUUAAUCUACGGGUUUAGUGAUUAAUCCCUAGAUUAAUUGGUUGUUGUUUUUGGUAGAGAUUCUCUCAGUGUUUGGAUCCCCCAUGGAAUAUUACAAGAGAUUCGUUCGUAGAAACAAAGAUUAUGUUCACUCUCUGGAAUCUUUAGCUAAUGGUUUAACGUGGCUUCUCCCGGAGCGAUUUUCGGAGUCGGAAAUUGGACCAGAAGCAGUAACGUCAUUUUUGGGUAUUAUCACAACCAUAAACGAACAUAUACUCGAUACAACUCCAACUCAGAUUCGGCAAGUGGAGUCUUCUUCCUUCCCGUUAUCACUCUGCGUAACUUUGCUUAAAGACUUGGAAACCCUCGUUGAAGUUGCGGGCCAACAAUUAUACGGUGAAGAAAAUAAAUGGAAUUUCAUGGCCGUAACAGAAGCUAUCAAGGCAUCACUUAGGUUGGCAAGUUUUCGUAACAGUGGGUAUAAAGUGCUUUUGCAUGGUGGGGAGAGUAUAAAUGACGGAAACGACCAUAGUGAUUUUGAUUCUCGUAGAAAUGUGAUAUCGAAAAAUCAUCAUGAGAAUAAUUCACAGAAUCUUGAAGGCAGGGCGUUGUUCGCCUUGAGUAGAUUCGGUGAAAAUGCUCGAACAAUUUCCGAGCCAACAUGGCUGCGUAGGGUUCAGCACCAGCAGGCAAUUAUGGAUCCUCCAUCACCGGUGGCUGAGACGACUAGUCUGUCUGAUUUUUUGUCUGAGAAGGGUAUAAGUGGGGGAUUCUUUUUGACGGGAGAGGUGAUGUUUAUCUUAAGACCGCUCGUUUAUGUGUUGUUGGUAAGGAGAUAUGGUGUGAGGUCGUGGUUACCUUGGCUUGCUUCUUUUGGUGUUGACCUCGUUGGACAUGGAAUUAUUUCGGCUGUACGACACAGUAGCAAUGAUUUUCGUCUUUCCAAUGCCGAGAAGAGUGAGUUAAAAAGACGGAAGUUUCUGUGGGCGCUUUACCUCAUGAGAGAUCCAUUCUUCACAAAGUAUACACGGCGUAGACUCGAUGGUACUCAGAAGGUUCUAGAACCUGUUCCGGUUGUCGGGCUUCUGACUGAGAAACUGGUGGAACUUAUAACUGGAGCCCAGACGAGAUACACGUACAUGUCUGGUUCGUGAUUGAAAAUCCUUUGAUUGAAUUUGUAUCUAUUCUCGACGGUGAAAGGUUUCUCCGGGAGUUGCUUUACUCGAAUAUUACCACAUUCUUAUUAGUAAUAAAAUGUACAUUCAUAUUCUGUAUGCUAUUUACCUUGAUAAACUAUAUCAUUAAUUUAUGCUGAAACUUUGUAGU